AUGACGGCCUCUAUCGCUCUAAGGAGAGCCGCCGCUUCUCCUCUGUUUUCGAAGCUCACAGGCCCUGUACGUUCUGUCUCUGUUUUUCGUUCCUUCAACACUGACUCUCAGUCUCAGGUCACCACAACUGGAGGCAAUGCUCCAGCUGACUAUGGUAGUGUUGAGCUUGAUAGCCGAAGCUCCUCUGAUCGUAGACCUGCUCAACGUCGUGAUACUACUCCAAGUUUCUUCUCUGAUGCGUUUGACCCAUUUUUCCCAACGAGGAGUCUAAACCAGGUCCUGAACCUAAUGGACCAGUUCUUGGACAACCCUUUCCUCCCUGCAUCUCGUGGUGCUGGAGCUCCUUUAUCAAGGAGAGGUUUUGAUGUGAAGGAGGACGAGAAUGCUCUUUGUAUGAGCAUGGACAUGCCUGGGCUUAGCAAAGAGGAUGUCAAGGUCAGCGUGGAGCAGAAUACCCUCGUCAUCAAAGGCGAAGAAGCGAAGGAAGGCGAUGAGAGUGGAAGGAGGUACAGUAGCAGACUCGAAUUGCCUUUAAAUCUUUACAGGCUUGAUGAGAUUAAGGGUGAAAUGAAGAAUGGUGUUUUGAAGUUAGUGGUGCCUAAGGUGAAAGAGGAGGAGAAGGAGAAUGUGCACGAGGUUAAGAUUGAGUGA